AUGCAAUCUAGUGAUGUGCGGCCUAAUGACACGCAACAAGAGUAUUCGAAGUUAAUACAGGAGGAGAAUACGAAAAGUAGUUGUCCCAUAUGCUUCAAAGAAUGUGCCAAUCUAAAUGAACUCAAUAAGCAUUUGGAUAAAGACCAUAAUUUUGGAAACGAAAAUAGCAAUGGUGAUCAUGUAAAGAAGCAUCAGAACAAGAAAAAGAGUAGUGGUAUUAGAACUAGCCACCAUGAGGUGUAUAAUGAGGGUAUGAGUAAAUGUGCUUAUUGUAGAAAGAAACUCACUAAAUCAAAUGGUGUCUCAAAUUGUUAUCACUGUGGUAAAUUAUACUGCCGAUCGCAUCUGUUGUGGCAGAUGAAACUGGAUAAGAGAGCAAGGUAUGACCCUCAGCAUGGGAAGUUCUACCCUUGUUGCUUCAAAUGCACGUCUUCGAGACCUGGAUAUAACGACUAUGGGCUUACAGUUUCCAAGACAUCUGAAUUCAGUAGAUUAAGAUCUUCAAAAAUGGAAGACAAACAGUUAAGAUCAUUACAGUUGGAGACCAGACUUUUGAAAUUAAUCGAUGGGUAUAUCUCAAUAUCGCGGAAAUAUGGGAAUAAUCUUUUCUCCACAGUGGUACGAAACAGUGAACUUUCCAAAUAUGAACGAUCAAUAGUGCAUUGGAAGGACGACAGUAAUGUACACACAUGCAAUAUAUGUACUUCAGAAUUUGGACUGGUGCGACUUAGUAGGAAGCAUCAUUGCCGACUUUGUGGAAACAUUGUGUGUGAUACAGACGGCUAUGAGGAAGAAGUGAUAAAUACAAGACGUCGGAAGACGACAAUGAAGAAAUGCUCCUAUCAAAUAAAGCUGCGAAACCUAAAAUCCUCCACCGAUGAUCUGCAUUAUAAUUCUCAGCUACGACCCGAUGAAGAGUAUAUAGCCGAAUUACAGGUACGACUAUGCUCGACUUGCAUUGAUAAUUUACUAUUGAAGAGGAAAUUCAAGAGGGACCUUACAAAACCGAUGCCACCGUUAUUGUCCCGCUACGAGACCUUACACAAUAUCGCCGAUGUCAUCAGAACCAUCCUGCCACCAUUUCAAGACGCUUUACAGAAAAUAGACAAUGAACGUACCAAGAAAGUAAGUGAUGAAAAAGAGCUCGCUGAUCUAAGCAAACUCAGAGUGAAACUAUUACGCUCUUUUGCUAAUUACAAUAGUGUGAACAAACAGCUUUGUAGCAUCAAACCGAGCAACUUCAGUGAAGAGCGAGUCAAGAAUUCGUUGUUGGUUGAGUCCUCGUAUUUCAUCAAUGAGAACAUCCUGCCACUGAGAUCGUUACCUGCUGUGCUCAGUGGUGAGGACUACGUGAUGAGCAAGAGUGAGCCGGAGGUCAAGAAGCUCUCUGAGCUUAUGUCCAGUGACUUGUCUAUCAAGGAGAUCAAGCAAGGCCGUGAGGAGUUGAUGGUACUCGAGGAGCAAAUUUUCCAGAUCGAGUCCCUGGUCGAGACCGCCAAGCGCCAGAGGAAGUUCGACGAAGUGGCCACACUAGCCACAAACCUCAAUGAACUGAACCAAAGAGCCACUGAGUUAAGAGAGAAGCUCGGGCAAGAAGGGUUUUGA